UAUUGGGUCAGGUGACCGAAGCCAUCUCUCCGUUCGGUCGCCAAUAAAAAUGCGCCAUCUGUCAGUCGUUUUUUUAAUUUAAUAUUAACGCUUUAUGUCUUGUCAGAGUUAGCGACCCGACCCGAUAACGCUAUUCAUUUGAACUUUUAAGCUUUUGCCGCCCUAUUUUUUCAUUUUGAGACCCGCGAAAGACGCAAAUAUGUGCUGCUGUAGAAGAAAAAACGAGCCAGAAAAUUGCAGAGAAGAAAUGGACUGCUCAGUGAAGAGGGAGGUGGAAGAGGGAGUGCAUGAAUCGGAAAGGAUGCAUGAAUCGGAAGGGCUGGUGCAUGAAUCGGAAUCGGAACAUGUGCAUGAAUCGGAAUCGGAACCUAACUUAGCCGGAAAUUCCUCUGGUUUCAACAUAUCGGUAAGUAUCUUGGAAAAACGAGUUAGAAAGUUGUUUGUGAGCAGAAUAAAUUUCUUAAGCAGAAAGUUGACGUAGGUUUCAGCUCAUUAUUCUUAAGAUUUUUGAUUUUGCGAUUUUUAAGCAGAAUAAAUUUCUUUUGUCGAAAAAGUAAAAAAUAAAAAAAUCUAAUGUUGUUGUUGUUGCUUAGCAUUCAUUAUUGAUUUCUAGGAUGAAGAUGAUAAAUAAAAGAAUGCGCUAUAGUUGCGCUAUAGUUGCGCUAUAGUUGCGCUAUACUUGCGCUAUACUUGCCCUUUACUUGCGCUAUACUUGCCCUUUCAGGCUGUAUACAAAGAUGAGACAGAAGCAUAUGAAUGUUUUUGCACUUAUGCUCACGAUAAUGGCUUUAGUGUCCGAAAGGAUCAUCACAGUUUUUGGCCAAAUUCUAGGAAGAUAAAAUCGAAGGACUUUGUUUGUUCAAAAGCUGGUUUCAAAAAAAGUGACGAUCAUAAUUCAGGGAAGAGGAAGAGAUUCAUUAGACCAGUUGUCAGAACUGGUUGUCCAGCCAUGGUGAGGUUUGUCACUGAUGAAGACGGUUACUGGCAUGUCAAAAGAUUUAUUGAAUCCCACAACCAUGAAUUAGCUAGCCCAGCCGACCGACACCUUUUAAGAUCAUGUAGGAAUGUUAUUGAGGAAAAAGCUUCCGUCCUAAAAUCGAUGACAAAUGCAGGGAUUAGAACCGUUGAUGCAUAUGCCUACCUUGCAGAGGAAGUUGGUGGAUGUGAGAAUGUCGGAUUCUCUAAGAGGGACGCCUACAAUUUGAUUCAGAAGGAGAAAAGAGCAAGGAUUGAAAUUGGUGACACUAAUUCUUUGAUUCAAUUAUUUAAAGAUCGACAAGUUGAGGACCACAUGUUUGCAUGGGAUGUUCAAUAUGAUGAUCAGGAUAGAUUGUUAAAUUUUUUCUGGGUUGAUGGCAGAAGCAGGAUAGAUUAUGAAUGUUUUGGAGAUGUGUUAAUUUUUGAUACUAGUUACAGGCUGAACAAGUAUAAUUUUGUUUGUGCGCCAUUUGUUGGUGUUAACAAUCAUUGGCAGAAUAUUUUGUUUGGGGUUGCUUUUUUGUCAGAAGAAACAAUUGAAAGUUUUACAUGGUUGUUUAAAGUAUUUGUACGAAUAAUGGGUAAUAAAUAUCCAACAACAAUAUUCACUGAUCAGGACCAAGCUAUGGCCAGGGCCAUAGAAGCUGCAUUACCUCACACUCGUCAUAGAUUAUGCCAAUGGCACAUAUUUAAAAAGGUUCCAUCAAAAGUUUCCAUCUACAAUAGCAAUAAUAAAGUUAGAGGACUCUUCCAUAAGUGUAUGAGGUGGUGUGAUUCUGAGGAAGUGUUUGAGGAAGCGUGGAAUGAAAUGAUCAAGGAAGGGAAUCUUCAUAAUCAUGAAUGGUUGCAGGAUCUUUAUAAGAUAAGGAGAAAGUGGUCAACUGCUUUCAACAAGGAUUCCUUUUGCAUGGGCAUUUUAUCAACGCAGCGUAGUGAGUGUACUAAUAAUGUGUGUCAUGGCAUUUCAAAGCCAACAAGUUCAUUAACUGAUUGCUUUCUUGGCUUGGAAAAGGUACUGAUGAAUUGGCGGCGAAAUGAGCAAGAUGAGGAUUACAAAUGCAGUCAAUCUGAAAUUGUUCCCGUGAUAAAGAACAGCUCAAUAUUAAAACAAGCUGCUAGAUAUUACUCAAGAAGAAUAUAUUCAAUUUUUGAGGAAGAAUUUAUAAAGGCUGUGGGAGAAAUGAGUAUAGAUUUUGUCUCGACUGAUUCUUCAAAGUAUAUAGUCAACUACAUAGAGAAAAAGAAUCAAAACCAUCCUUGGGUUGUUCACUUUGAUGCAACAGAAGGUAACAUUCAAUGCAGCUGUAAGAAGUAUGAAACCAUGGGAUUGCUGUGUUCUCAUUGUUUGAGGGUUUUUAAACAGUUGGAUAUGGCUAAAUUCCCUGAGAAGUACUUAUUACUUCGUUGGUCAGCAAGGGCUCGACAAGUUUUUUAUUCAGGUUACUUCCUUAAUUCUCAAAGAAGUAAUAAUUUCCAAAGUGGUAGGGGAUUCAUAUUCAGAAAUCAGGUGAGCAGGUUUGCAUAUCAAAUGAGCACGGAAGCUCAAGGGAAUGAAGAGGCAGAGGAGUUUAUUCUUUCCUCAUUGCAAGACAUGUAUAAAAAAUUAUACCUAAUUCUUGGUGGCAAGAAAAGAAAUCAGAAGGAUGUUGCUAGUUCCCAAGGUGGAACUGCAAAUUUGAAAGAUCCUCUAAAGCGUAGACCUAAAGGCAUAUCAAAUGCAAGACUGAAAAGCCAUUGGUGA